UCCCUUCUUUCUGGGUCCUCUCCCACAUAUGCCCGAAGUUGACCUUUUAUACCCAAAAUGUAAGAAAACGAAAACAACACGGAAAAACAGAAACACGAAUGACAAGUGAGUCGGUCAGACACACUUAGAUUGGCUGAUUCUCCCACCCAUUAAACAUCUUCGCUUUGACGAAAUACCUCUCUUUCACACGCUUCUUCUUCUUCUUCUUCCACGGAUUUAUUGUCAGACCCUAUAACUCUUUGUGGGUUUUGGGUAUUCUUUGAAUAUCUGCAUCCGGUUCUCUUUCGCGGGCUCGGAUUGGAUUCGAUCUGGGAUUUUGAAGAGAACUAAAAGCUCUGGGUUUUCCAUUUUCUUGCUUGCGUGUGUGCUUGGAUUGGAAACGAGAAAUGCCACAGGACUUGUCGUCCGAACAAGACCCGGACGAUUCCGACUCCGAGUUUGUUGAGGUUGAUCCCACCGGUCGAUACGGUCGGUAUAAAGAGGUUCUUGGAAAAGGUGCUUUCAAGAAAGUAUAUCGAGGAUUUGAUGAAUUGGAAGGAAUUGAAGUUGCUUGGAAUCAGGUUAAGGUGUCAGAUCUAUUACGAAACUCCGAAGGUUUGGAGCGUCUAUAUUCGGAAGUUCAUUUACUCAAGACUUUGAAGCACAAGAACAUAAUCAAGUUUUACAAUUCGUGGGUCGACACCAAAACUGAGAGUAUUAACUUCAUUACCGAGAUUUUCACUUCUGGAACAUUACGGCAAUACCGGAAGAAACAUAAACAUGUUGAUUUGAGAGCAUUGAAGAAAUGGUCUAGGCAGAUUCUAGAGGGCCUUCUGUACCUUCACAGUCAUGACCCGCCAGUUAUUCAUCGAGAUUUGAAGUGUGAUAACAUAUUUGUCAAUGGGAAUCAAGGCGAGGUGAAAAUUGGUGACUUAGGCCUGGCUGCCAUUCUUCGCCAGGCUCAUUCAGCUCAUAGUGUCAUUGGUACUCCAGAGUUCAUGGCACCAGAGCUUUAUGAAGAGGAGUACAAUGAGCUUGUAGACAUUUACGCCUUUGGCAUGUGUUUGCUAGAGUUGGUGACAUUUGAGUAUCCAUAUGCCGAAUGUGCCAAUGCUGCUCAAAUAUACAAGAAAGUGACAUCAGGAAUAAAACCUGCAUCAUUGGCAAAAGUUACAAACCCUGCAGUUAGAGCAUUUAUAGAAAAAUGUACUGCAGACGUCUCUGAACGCUUGCCUGCCAAGGAACUUUUAAUGGAUCCUUUUCUCCAAUCAGAUCAGGAUCAUGGAAGUAGAGGUCGUUGUCUACUUCCCAAAACCCAUCAUUCAGGUAAGUUUCUGUAUAUUCAACAGAGACCAAAGGCUUUUAUGUUUUUGUUCUCACAUUUUGACUUGUCAAACACAGAAGGCAAUUCUGAUCAGAUUGAUGUUGUUAAAAGUGCUAAGGAACCGUCUGAGACAAGCAGAGAUUUCACAGUUCAAGGUCAAAGGAAAGAUGUUAACACGAUAUUUCUGCAACUCCGAAUAGCAGACUCCUCAGGUCAUUAUCGCAAUAUCCACUUUCCAUUUGAUAUUGAGGCAGACACUGCUAUUGCUGUUGCUAGUGAAAUGGUAGAGGAGUUGGACCUUACAGAUCAAGAUGUUUCAGCAAUUGCUGAAAUGAUUGACCUAGAAAUUCAUUCACACAUUCCAGAUUGGACACCAAGAGAACUCCCUGGAGUUAGUUCUGGUGGAGAGGUUGCAAGUCCUGAUAGCUGUGCCUCUGAAGCCAAGGGUGAUGCUUCUCCCCUUACGAAUGAGCCUUCCCCUUCUGGUAGUUUUUCAUUGGAAAGAUUGCCUUCGGGUCGUAUGUUUUGGUCUGACUCACCCAAGGCACUUGGUGCAACCUCUCCUGUAAAAUCUGGCCUUUCGGUUGCCGCUGGAGCUAGCCUGACUGCAGACAAUGAAAACUCUCCUGAUCUCCAUGAAGACACAGAUAAUCCUGAUGUUGAUGAUAUACUUGAACAACCUGAGAAUGAGUGGGUUUCUGGUGAUGAUAAUAGUGAAGAGAAGAAGGAAGCUAGUUUGCCUGUUGAUCUGCAAUUUGGUGAUAAAAAUAGUGCAGCUACAUAUCAACAUUCUAGCAUUGGAGGUUCUCCUUUGGAAGAAAACUAUUUUGGAUCGGAAGCUGUCAAGAUAAUUGCCGAGAAACUUGAGAAUCUGUUAAUGAAGCAGCAACAGGAGCUAAAUGAGUUAAAAAGGAAGCAUGAAUUGGCCAUAUCAGAUCUUUUAAAGGGAGUUCAUCCAGAGAUCCAUGAAAAGGUUUUAAAUGCAUGCAAGCAGAAAAUUUCGGACCAUUAAAUGCACUGUUAGACACACGGCUAAACCUAGCAUUUUACAGCUGUGGCCCAAUACAAAUUGGAACUGGUGUUGUCUCACUUCUCCAACUUGCCAUUUGGUCAGUAAUAUAUAUUAUUACUAAUUUUCCCUGAAAGAAAAACAGAUUUACUCAUCUAGGAAUGGCUGAAGUUAGUCUGGGAAGGUCCAUGAUCUUUCAUGUGUUGAUGACAUAUUCUUGUAAAGCUCAAAGAUCUUUCACGUGUUGUUAGAGUUGGGAAGCACGAGUGCGUGGACGCAAAUCAUGCUGCUGGAUGCAUCUUAAUUUAGAUUUCACCCGAUUUUAAUGGGAAUGCCAAAUAAAAUAUGAGCGUUGAUGUUGUAUGGGGAGAGAAUGCAGCUAAGUUACAAGCUUGAGAGUCACGCUUGUUAAAGAAGUUUACUUUCUAGAGUGAACCAUGAGCACAAUCUUCAUUUCACAUACAUCAAGUGAUGCUGCUGAGGUGAGACAGGUUAGAUAAGUCAUGUAUCUGUAUAUUAUAAGUCUGCAUAUGCUUAAAGAUAACUACACAUCAUCCCACAAAUAGGUUGAUAGGGGAGAUCAAUAUUUUAUGGAUUGUACACUUGUACAUACGAUUCGUUUACCUUGUUUUACUCACAAUACUCUGGCUGCUUCAGAAAUUGCGCCUGUUUAGGUAGUUAGAUCAUUUAAAAGUUUUGAGUUUCUUGUUCAUGAUUCACUGGGGUGUCAAAGUAAUGUUGUGGGAAUGCUUGCCCCCUGUUUUGUUUGUUAUUUGUCACUGUAUCUGGCUUAUGAUAAAGAUUGUGCCUGCUUGCAAUAUCCCACUAAUAUUGUGGAAUGGAUGUAAUGUGGUUUUCAAGAUUGA